AUGUCUGACCACCACUGCGCCGUGUGCGACAUCUACUUCACCGAGGCCCACUCCCUCAAGAGUCACAACAAGACCAAGACUCACCUCAAGCGCUUGGCCGCUGUUGAGGAGGAGGACGAGUGGGAGGACGAGGAGGACGACGACGACAUGGGCACUGAGGGUGAGGACGGUGAGGACGACGAGGAGGACGAGUAA